AUGGGCACGGCCGGCACCGGUACUCGCCGCGUCCGCCGUUGUGGUCGUCAAGACGUCAUAAUCACGCGAGUGCGCACGAGGGCACUUGCAAAUGUAUCUGCCGAAAUCUCUGCCCAGUGCGCAACAUUUGCGCUUCUUGCGUGGCUGAAGGGUGCGCAGAAGCAAAUCCAUCGCCACCGACAGCUGAGAACGACACGUACAACAACACACGGGUGCAAGCGGAUGCUCAGAGAUCUACAUCCUCGCGGUCACACGGAUAUCUGUGUUCCUAUCAUGACGGUGUGCGGACUACGGCGCAGUAGUCGUGCCCUCUGUCGUACUGCUAGUGGCUGCGAGCUCUGUCGAAGUGGCUCCAGGUGUUCGCACAUGAUCCAUGAAACCGUAGCAGAUACCGAUAAUAUUCAUUUUGCGUCCGGCACGAAACACUCUUCUGGCUACUUUUGUUUAGCGUACACGCUGGUGCAACCCGGUCUUUCCGUGGCCGGCGUUGUCUUUUUUGAGUCACUCCAUCGACAGUGGAGUGUUUCGAUGUGCGAGUGUCCACCAGGCAUCUCCUACAUACAGCAGCCCCUAGACGCGUUCGUACACGUACAGUCGGUAACAUCCAUCAGCGUAUGUGCCCAUGAAGUACGCGGGGAGACCUACAGCUGUGGACCCUAUGAAAUGCAAGGAGCCCAGAUGCAGAUGGGGCAGAUGGAACAAGAAUUCGACGCCGACGCGUAUCGGAUGUACCUCAAUUUGCGGCGAAACUUCGUGUACGAAAAUGGGUGUAUUGCUACAUGGUGUCGUCCCCCUCUAGUCUACGCUGUCGUCCUGACUGGCCCGUGCACUGGUGUGGCGCAAGCCCACGCAGACAGUACGAAAAGGCGCACUUUUCACGUCUUUGAGGGAGUAGCUUGCUGCUACGCGCCGUCGCAGCGCCGGGAUAGUACCACCUUCAAAAAUGCUGCGGAGGGCUCCUGGAGAGCUCCUCAGAUUGCGCGUAGCCCACGCGGCUUGCCAUCAGCACUGCGGUGGCAGAGCAGUAAAGUGGCGGACAUAGCCGUCCGGAACGCGAAGCAGACCGUGCAGUCUACAUUUGGUUCGCGACGUCUGCACCGGUUCAAUGUGGACGCUGUCUCCCGGUUUCGUAGUUCGCGACGUCUGCACCGGCUCAAGGUGGACGCUGUCUCCCGCGCGCUGAGCAAGAGAUCUAGGGCGAUACAGGCUGCUCCGGCGACACCUGUGCUGUGCGCUUCCAAAGCAGAAAUGCUGCUCACGGCACAGCUGCAGCGCCAUUUUCUUGAGAAGCGGCUAGAAGAGAUUCGCCUACAAAACAAGGAGCGAAAGAAGCGUUUGCGAAAAGAGCGUUUUCUGGCAAAUCAGGCGCCCGAGCACUCAACGACAGUUGCUUCCGGAAAGAGCAGUGAGCAUACACAUACACAUACAUCUAUACAUACCUACAUACGAAUCUGGAUGAUGCCGGCGUUGCGGAGGGCGACUGUUGUGGAGGGGGUGGGCUGUCUGCGCCGACCACCAGAGACGAAUUCAGCCUCCACGUACGGACCGCGUAAUCACCCGGAGGCAGCCGUGUUGAAGCAGGUUGGCGUGGGCACUGGGAAAGGAUACCCACUGAUGUAUAGCGCUGUAUCAAAGGACUCGCAGUUACGCACAACGGGGUGCUUCCGUUUUUCCUUGUGCACGACGCUAGCCGGGGCCAGCGCACAGCGCGUGUACCGGUCUCUGGGUUCUUCGCCAGGCUCUUUCACCUAG